CAACUACCGAAAAAGACAAAUCUUUGAAAAUUAUGUCAAGAUGCAAAUAGAUCAAUUAACAAAAUAAUAUUAUAAUAAUAACAAGGGCCAUGAAGGAACUAGGAUCUGAGGUAAUUGAGAACAAUCUUCUGAGAAAGGCACCGGCAUAAUGGCAGAAGCAGUACAAAAGAGAUUGGUAGUGACUAGGAACUAGUAAAAAAAAUGAAAAAUAAAAACUUUAGUAUACAGUAAAUCUAUUUUGCUGCCAGAUAUGCUGAAGUUAGGUUAUGGAAUAUGAAAAUGGAACGGUGUUGAUUGGGGUUAUGACCUCAUUGCUUACAUAUUGAUGAAAACGAAAAUGCAACGGUCUACAAAAGAUGACAAAAAGUAGUAAUACUAUAACAAAGUAUUCAUUUUGCUUAUAUAAAAAAAGGUUUGAAAGUAGGUGGAUUGAAUCAGUAGUAGAGCAAUCUUUUGACAAGAACAUAGGCACAAUGGAAGAAGCAGAACAAAAGAGAUAUGCAGUAGUCACAGGUUCCAACAAAGGAAUUGGAUUUGGGACAGUGAAAGAGUUGACUUCAAAUGGGAUAGUGGUGGUGUUGACUGCUAGAGAUGAGAAAAGGGGUGUUGAGGCUGUUGAAAAAUUAGCAGAGGCUGGCCUCUCUCAACUAGUCGUUUUCCAUCAGCUUGAUGUGACUGACCCUUCUUCCAUUUCUGCUCUUACUGAUUUUGUCAAAACAAAAUUUGGAAAACUUGAUAUUUUGGUAAACAAUGCAGGGUUACCUGGAGGCAAACUAAACCCUGAAGCUUUUCAUGCUUCCGAUGUAGAAAAGAUAGGGGCAGAUAUUAAAAGUUGGAGUAAACUUAUGACAGAAACUUAUGAAUUAACUACGGAAUGUGUCAAAACCAAUUUCUAUGGUGCCAAAGCAGUGACAGAAGCACUUCUUCCUCUCCUCCAGCUAUCUGAUUCACCCAGGAUUGUGAAUGUUUCUUCCUAUGUCGGAAAGUUAACGUUUAUACCAAAUGAAUGGGCCAAAGGGGUGCUUAGCGAUGUUGAAAACCUUACUGAGGAUAAAAUUGAUCAAGUGUUGAGCCAGUUUACAAAAGAUUGCAAAGAAGAUUCUCUAGAGAGCAAAGGUUGGCCAACUUGUUUUUCUUCAUACGUAGUCUCGAAAGCUUGUUUGAAUGCUUACACAAGAAUAGUGGCCAAAAAGUAUCCCAACUUCUGCGUCAAUUGUAUAUGUCCUGGUUAUGUCAAGACAGACAUAAAUUGCAAUUCUGGGGUGCUGACAGUUGAAGAAGCUUCUCAAAGCGUAGUGAGCUUAGCUUUGCUUCCUAAUGCCGGUCCAACUAGCUUGUUCUUCCAUCGCCAUGAAGUAAUCCCUUUUUAGGUUAUUGUAUGAAUUUGAAUAUUGUCUCCCCUUUCUUUCAUACUGAACAGUAAUCAUUU